AUGGGAAAGAAAGUGAAGAAGGAGAGCGAAACUCCAUGCAAGGAAACGUUUGAGGCACUACCUGUUGAGAGCAAAACCCCAGCAACAGCAGUCCUUCUGCUGAGCUCACCAGAGGAGGAAAUCCUAAUCAAAGCCUGUGAAGCAAUUCACGCAUUUGCAGAGAAAGGAGAUGAGAACAAGGUUUCUCUGCUGGGACUUGGGGCAUUGGAGCCUCUCUGUAAACUCAUCACCCACAACAACAAGCUGGUCAGACGCAAUGCCUUCAUGGCUCUGGGCAUCAUGGCCAUCAAUGGUGAUGUAAAGAGUGCUCUGAAAAAAAUAGAUGUCAUUCCAUCAGUUAUAGAUAAACUGUCACUUGAAGAAGACACAGUUGUCCAAGAGUUUGCAACACUGUGCCUGGCCUCUCUGUCACUGGAAUUUGUCUGUAAGGUCCAGAUCUUUGAGAACAAGGGCUUGCCACCUCUAAUUCAACUUCUGUCCAGUCCAGACCCAGAUGUUAAGAAGAACUCACUAGAGAUCAUCUUCAACCUAGUUCAGGACUACCAAUGUCGCAUGGCAGUCCACGAUUUGGGCGGGAUCCCUCCACUUUUGGAACUGUUGAAGUCGGACUUCCCUGUCAUUCAGCAUUUGGCUUUACAGACGCUGCAGAAUGUCACUACUGAUAAAGAUACACGCAAUGCCUUCAGGGGAGAGCAGGGAUUUGACAAGCUCAUGGAUAUCCUUCAUAACACGGACUUCGGCGACCUUCAUGCUGAGGCCUUACAUGUCAUGGCUAACUGUUUAAGUGACAGUGAAAGCGUACAGUUAAUCCACAAAGGUGGAGGACUGACUAGGCUGAUGGAUUUUCUUCUCACACCCAACCUACCUGAAAUCCAGUCCAGUGCUGUUAAAUGCAUCGCCAGGGUUGCUCAGAGCCCUGAAAAUUGCAAACUGCUCCACGAGCAGAAUGUGGAGAAGGUUCUGGUGGAGCUCCUGUCUGUGGCGGAUAUCAGCGUGAAAACAUCUACCUGUCAGGCUGUAGCUGCCAUGAGCUUCCACCUAGCCAGUAAAGACCGCUUCAGAGACCUGGGUGGUAUCCCUGCAGUGGUACAGGGGCUGAGCAGUGAGAGUUUGAAGCUCAGAGAGGCAGCAACCCAGGCCCUCUCUACCCUCACACAUAACAACCCCCUCAACGCAUUUGCAGUGUACGAGGCAGGAGGCCAUGAGAUCCUUGUUCAGCAGCUCUGUGGAAGCUGUCCCAGGAUGUUGGCCAAUGCUGCUGCCACGCUUGGCAACAUGGCAAGACAGGAUGUCAUCCGCAGCAGCAUCUUGUCACAUGGAGCCAUACCGGCUCUGGUGGAGCCCUUAAAGUCCACAGAUACACAGGUCUUGGUCAACACCACACUGUGUUUGGCCAUGCUAGCUUGUGACGCAGAAGCUAGGGCAGAGCUACAGAGUGCUGGAGGCCUUCACCCACUGGUCAAUUUGCUGCAAUCCUAUCACAAGGAGGUGCUGCACAAUGCAUGCUUGGCAGUAAAUGUCUGUGCCAGUGAUGAGCCCACUGCUGUGGAGAUGUGCAAAUUUGGAGCCUUAGAAAUGCUCCAGGAAAUCAACCAGUCAGUGAAUCGUAGGAGCAGUUUCAGCAACUUGGCCAUGAUCAGCCUGCUUAACUCCAACUUGUCUAUUAAAUACAGCCUGACAGGUCAUUUGGCCUCCAAUGACAUUAUUGGUGAUGGCUUCUACGAUGCCGGGAAGGCUCCUGCAGGUCAGAGGACCCUGACUUUAGAGGAACUGUCGAAGCAGCCAGUCAACCAGCACCGACCCAUCAUUGUUGUCAACACCACAUCAGAGAAGAAGAAAGAAUGGGACAAACAGAGAGAUGAGACCCUGCCUGGGUCUCCUACAGAGAAACCGUGGAAGAUGAUGGACGAUGUCUCAUUGCAGGUUCUGGUUAAAGAAGCCAAAGACUCCAUCCUCCCACUGAAUGAUGAAAGAGAGCAGUACGCUGCCUUGGCCAGGUUGGUGAGCGAGGCCAUGGGUGGAGCAGUGGAGACGGAAAAGUUACAUGAGUUCCCAUGGGUGCUGCACCUCAGUGAGCUCAAGUUUCAGCUUCAGUCUAAUGUGAUACCCAUUGGGUUGAUCACCAGGGGAAUCUACUGCCAUAGAGCGCUUCUCUUCAAGUGUCUGGCUGAUUGCAUCGGAAUAAGCUGCACACUUGUUAGGGGCGAGUACAACCGGGCUUGGAACGAGGUUCUCCUUUUCAGUGGGGACCCCUCCAGCAAUGGGCGCUCUUCACAGUCCUGUCGCUACAUAGUGGACCUUAUGCACCGGCCUGGAAGUCUGUUGGCAGCCAAUACCCCUGCUGCUGUGCAGUACCAGACUAUAUAGACCAAGAAAUACUUCAGUAGAAAUACUAAAGUAUAUAAUGCAGUGUCCAGACAUUUGAUUUGUUUUUACGUGUAUUUGCUAAACCACCCAACAAACUACUAUUCAAAUCCUUCCUUGAUUAUUUUUGGUGCAUGCAUGAGCCAAAGAGGAAAAUCCUGUCUGGUCAUGAAUGAGGUUUAUCUAAUAAAUACACUGAUUUAACCUUUGGUUCCUCCACUGAGGAUUCUCAGUGUCGUAACUCCAGGUCAAACAAUGUCUCAACAGUGUCAAACUCUGCAAGUUAGAGUUGGUUAGCAGGUGGUCUUUAGAUGCUGAUGGCGCCUCAACUGAAGUCAGAAAAUUGAAAAGAAAAUCUAUUUUUGUCUGUUCUUGGAUCAUUUUAUUUUACAUGACACAUUACUGCACGUUAGG